AUCGACAAUAUCUAUGUGCUGGUGCUUGGAUUCUUAUGCAUGGCCACCCUGAAAGCAUUAAUAGUGCAAACCUCGGACGUGUCUUGAGAGAAUUUACGCCCGAAGAAGUGACAUCUAAUAUUUACACUAUGAUUGAUGUACUUCUUCAUCAUAUUCAUAUGGAAAUGCAACAUGGGCAUCUCCAACAGGACCUUCUAGCAAAAGCUAGUGCCAACCUUACGUUUUUUAUAUGGACACAUGAGCUACUUCCAUUAGAUAUCUUGCUGCUAGCACUUAUUGACCGUGAUGACGACCCUAAUGCUUUGCGGAUAGUGAUGGCUCUGAUUGAUAAGCAAGAGCUUCAACAAAGAAUCAAAUUAUUUUGUAUGAACCGUGGCCCCCCUGAGCAUUGGCUUCACUCAGGAAUUUUCAAGCGUGUCGAGUUGCAGAAAGCUCUUGGGAAUCAUCUCUCUUGGAAGGAGCG